AGUGCAGCUGGCACCAUGGGUGCGCUCCAGAGCAACUUCUGUUUGCUCUGAGCCCCCGGCCCUGCCUCCCCUUUCACCAUGUUUCCUCUGGCAAGAUCUUAAUGUAGCAAUUCAAGAAGAUUUCUCCUAAACAACAUUAUUCUGAAGUGUAUUGCCUCUUGAUUGCUGGAAAAGAAUCUUAAAUUUAUUUCAAAAGUAACUUAAGAGCAAAUUUAUUAAAAGUGAUGAAAGGAGCAUUAGAUUUGAUUAACACUAAUUUUUCACUCUACAAAAGUCUGCAUUGUCUUUCAGAGGAAACUAUAAGAAAUCUGGUGAGUGUACCAUGCCAGUGGGGAGAAUUGAAUGUCCUUCAUCUCCCUCUUUCCCUAGGGACAGUAGUCAUGAGUGCCGAGUGUGCGGGGUCACAGAAGUGGGUCUCUCAGCAUAUGCAAAACACAUUUCUGGCCAGUUGCACAAAGACAAGGUGGAUGCUCAGGAAAGAGAAGAUGAUGGAAAGGAAGAGGAAGAGGAAGAAGAUUAUUUUGACAAGGAACUCGUUCAGCUAAUAAAACAAAGGAAAGAACAAAGUCGACAAGAUGAAGCUUCCAAUAGCAGCCAAGAAAUAAAUCCUGAUGACAGGCGAUCCCAGUGGAGACGAGAAGACAGAUUCCCUUACCAAGACAGAGAGAGUUACAGUCAGCCAGCAUGGCACCAUCGUGCACCUCCUCAGCGGGAUUGGAAAUGGGAGAAAGAUGGCUUUAAUAAUACUAGAAAAAGCAGCUUUCCACAUUCUUCAAGGAAUGGUGGUAGACAAAGAGGAUGUUCUGGGUGGCAUAAGGGUGUUGGAGGAGGCUCUUCAACUUGGUUUCACAAUCAUAGUAAUUCUGGUGGUGGUUGGCAUUCAAAUAGUGGAACAGUAGACUGGAAUCAUAAUGGUACAGGAAGGAAUUCCAGUUGGCAUUCUGAAGGAACAGGUGGCUUUUCCAGUUGGCAUAUGAAUAGCAGUAACGGAAACUGGAAAUCCAGUGUACGUGGUACAAAUAGUUGGAAUUACAGUGGCCCCGGAGACAAAUUUCAACCAGGCAGAAACAGAAAUUCUAACUGUCAAUUGGAAGACAUGACUAUAGUACGGAACAAGAAAUCUAAUAAGUCAAAUAAAUACAACCAAGAGAGAUAUAAUUGUCAACGCCAAGAAAAUGACACAGUUGGUACAAUUGCCACCUAUCCUUCUCCUGAAGGAUUUGCAAAUGAUAAUUUUUCUUCAGAAGGCUUAUUUGACUUCAACUUUGAGCACCUGGAAAGCCCAGCCACUAAACAAGCAGACACCAUAGCUCCCAAAACUGGUGGAAAGAAUGGCAGUGUAGCCAAGGAAAAGCUCCGCCGCUGGACUCCUUACCCUUCCCAGAAGACUCUGGAUUCACAGUCUGCAUUGAAAGAUGUCACUAGUAACAAGUGAGAGAAGACAGAUAAGCCUUUCCCCAGUUUAAGCUUGUUAACUACAGGAACAAAAAAGCCCCAAAGUGAUAAAACAAGCAAUUCCCCAAUGCUGAAGACACAGAAUGAAGCACGUACAGAAUCUGUUCAUCACAAAGCCACUUCUGACUGCACGGCUUCCUCUGAGGUGGUAAAAGAUUGCCUCAUUACAGAAAAAUCAGAACAAGAGCAUAACUCAAAUAAGAUGCCAUCAGUGAAACCCAUACGCCUUCCAAUUCCAGGCACUAAAUCAAUUCCUCAAAAACAAGAUUCAAAGAAUCCCUCAAAAAACACAAAAACUUAUUCUGGUUUUCCUGGAGAACAAUCAAAUCCUGUGAACAAACCCAUUUUAGAAGACUGUCAUAAUUCUUACAUAUCCAAAUUGCGUAGUGUUUUAAAAGGGAGUAAGAGUACAUCUGGCACUCAAAGGGAGCCAGAUGAAAAUUUAAGCGAUACAUUACAAAAAACCAAAGAGGUGAUACAGUGUCAUGAAUCAGUGCAAAAGCCAUCACCUACCACUUCUAAAAGGACCAGGAACUGUGCAAAAGCAAGUAGAAAUGUAGAAGAGUCUGAAAAAGGAUCUUUAAAAAUUGAGUUUCAAGUACACACAUUAGAAGAUGAAAGUGAUGGUGAGAUAUCUGACACUGAAAAGCAUGGGCCAGAAAUUGGAACUUUGGGUUCUGCAACUACAGAAGUUUUAUCCUGUAGCACUCAUUCUGCUGAUGAGAAAGAGGGGGAUGAGCAAAUCCUGAAAAUAUCUAGAAAACUAUCCAGUUCUCCAUGUAAUUCUACAGUUCACAAGAAAGAAUCUGAGUUGCAAAUGACACCUACAGGCAGUCCACAUACUGGCUUAUUGCUAGACUUGAAAACCUCUCUAGAAGAUACACAGAUUGAUGACCCUGUUAAAUGUCAUGUAUCUUUUGAGUCAGAAGGGUUUGAGAGCAGUACUAGCUUGGAUACAGAGCUUCAAAAAAGUGAUAUAGGUCAGCCCUCAGGCCCUCUCCUGCCUGAACUAAGUAAGCUUGGCUUUCCUGCCUCUCUCCAGAGAGAUCUAACCCGGCACAUUAGUUUGAAGAGCAAAACUGGAGCACACCUUCCUGAGCCAAACCUCAAUAGUGCUCGCCGCAUUCGCAACAUAAGUGGUCACCGAAAGAGUGAGACAGAGAAGGAAUCUGGGCUCAAGCCAACUCUUAGGCAGAUUCUAAAUGCAUCUCGGAGAAAUGUCAACUGGGAACAGGUUAUUCAGCAAGUAACCAAGAAAAAGCAGGAACUGGGCAAAGGCUUACCCAGGUUUGGCAUAGAAAUGGUACCCCUGGUGCAGAAUGAACAAGAGGUCUUAGAUUUGGAUGGGGAGCCUGAUCUGUCCAAUCUAGAAGGAUUCCAAUGGGAAGGUAUUUCUAUUUCCUCACCCCCUGGGUUGGCAAGGAAACGAAGCCUUUCUGAGAGCAGCGUCAUCAUGGACAGGGCUCCUUCUGUGUAUAGCUUCUUCAGUGAGGAAGGUACAGGCAAAGAAAAUGAGCCCCAGAAGAUUAUUUCACCUGAUAACUCGAGGGCUUCACAGAGUCAAAAAAUGACCAUGAGCUUUAAACAAGAAAUGACACCUAUGGCUGCUUCUCUAAGAGCAGGUGAAAUAACUGAAAAUGUUGUUACCCGAAGGCGACAUAGUACGCAGUUACCCUCUGACUGUACAAUCCCUUGGAUGCAUUCAGCAAAAGACCUGAGCAUCCGGGAGAGUUCCACACCACCUUCAGAGAAUCAGAAUGCCCAAGAGAGUAACGGAGAAGGCAACUCUGUAUCAUCAAAUGCAUCUUCAGCCCUUGCAAACUCCAGUUUGGUGGAUGCAGCCACAGAUAGUAGCUGCACCUCUGGUGCUGAACAAAAUGACUGCCAGAUUAUUAGGAAGAAACGAAGAGCCACUGGAGAUGGAUCAUCUCCUGAACUGCCAAGUCUUGAAAGAAAAAAUAAAAGAAGGAAAAUUAAAGGAAAAAAAGAACGUUCUCAGGUUGACCAGCUGCUGCAUAUUUCUUUAAGAGAGGAGGAACUAAGCAAAUCUUUGCAAUGCAUGGAUAACAACCUUUUGCAAGCUCGUGCAGCACUUCAGACCGCUUACGUUGAAGUCCAGCGGCUCCUUAUGCUCAAGCAACAGAUAACUAUGGAGAUGAGUGCACUGAGGACGCAUAGAAUACAGAUUCUACAGGGAUUACAAGAAACGUACGAACCUUCUGAGCACCCAGACCAAGUUCCCUGUAGCCUUUCAGGAGAACAAAGGAACAGUAGAUCUCAAACGUCUGCUGAUGCCACACUGCUGCCUACUCCCUUUUUCCCAGUUUUUCUGGACGCUCCGUCUUCCCAUUUGUCUCCAUCAUCCACAUCUACUUUCCAAACCCAUGGCAGUGUUCCUGCUCCAGACUCAUCAGUUCAGAUUAAGCAAGAGCCCACGUCUCCUGAACGUGAUGAGAAUGUGAAUGCUGUGCCACAAGGCUCUGCUGGUAGUGUGUCCAAGGAAUUACCGCACACUAAUAGAGAGAUCAGUGACAGUUGUCCAGUUUAUCCAGUCAUCACUGCAACAUUGUCCUUAUCAGAGCUAACAGAGAGUUUCCAUGAGGCUAGCCAAGAUCUGAAGUUUUCUGUGGAACAAGGAAAUAUCAGAAACAGAGAAAAUUCUCCCUGUUCCCAAUCAACUGGUCUUCCUAACAUAAGUAAAGAAGGGGAAGAGCCAGCCAAAGGCAACAGUGGUUCAGAAGCCUGUACCAGUUCUUUUCCAAGAUUGUCCUUUGCUUCAGAAACCCCUUUGGAGAAGGAGCCCCACUCUCCAGCUGACCAACCUGAGCAACAGGCAGAAUCUACUUUGACAUCAGCAGAAAGUAGAGGAAACAAGAAGAAGAAGAAACUUAGGAAGAAGAAAAGUCUACGGGCUGCCCAUGUUCCUGAGAAUAGUGAUACUGAACAGGAUAUAUUUACUGCCAAACCUGUAAGGAAAACAAAAACUGGAAAGUUAACCAAAGGGGGAAAAGUAAUAACUUCCACCUGGGAAGAUGGCAGAAAUGGCCAGGAACAAGAGAGUGUCCGAGAUGAGCCAGACAGUGACUCGUCUCUGGAAGUCCUAGAGAUCCCCAAUCCGCAGCUAGAAGUGGUAGCCAUUGACUCUUCUGAAUCUGGAGAAGAGAAACCAGAUAGCCCAUCCAGAAAGGAUAUCUGGAACUCCACAGAACAAAACCCACUAGAAACAUCUCGUUCUGGUUGUGAUGAAGUUAGCUCUACCAGUGAGAUUGGCACUCGCUAUAAGGAUGGCAUCCCUGUAAGUGUGGCAGAAACUCAGACUGUGAUCUCCUCCAUAAAAGGAUCAAAGAACUCUUCAGAAAUAUCUUCAGAACCAGGAGAUGAUGAUGAGCCCACAGAAGGGAACUUCGAGGGGCACCAAGCUGCCGUGAAUGCAAUACAAAUAUUUGGGAACUUACUGUAUACCUGUUCAGCAGAUAAAACUGUCCGUGUUUUUAAUCUGGUGAGUCGGAAAUGCAUAGGUGUCUUUGAUGGCCAUUCCUCCAAAGUGAACUGCCUGCUGGUUACUCAGACCUCUGGGAAGAAUGCUGCCCUUUACACUGGGUCCAGUGAUCACACCAUUCACUGCUAUAGUAUUAAGACCCGGGAGUGUGUGGAGCAGUUACAGCUGGAAGACCGGGUUCUCUGCCUCCACAGUAGAUGGCGAAUCCUCUAUGCAGGACUGGCAAAUGGCACUGUGGUCACCUUCAACAUAAAGAACAACAAACGACUUGACAUCUUUGAAUGCCAUGGCCCUCGAGCUGUCAGCUGUCUUGCCACAGCUCAGGAAGGUGCCCGAAAGCUGUUGGUUGUGGGAUCCUAUGACUGCACCAUUAGUGUACGUGAUGCACGUAACGGACUUCUCCUCAGAACUCUGGAGGGUCACAGCAAGACCAUUCUCUGCAUGAAGGUGGUGAAUGACCUUGUGUUCAGUGGCUCCAGUGAUCAAUCAGUCCAUGCCCACAACAUCCAUACAGGGGAGCUUGUGCGGAUCUAUAAAGGUCACAAUCAUGCAGUGACUGUGGUGAAUAUCCUGGGAAAAGUGAUGGUGACUGCUUGCCUGGAUAAAUUUGUUCGUGUCUAUGAAUUACAGUCUCAUGAUCGAUUGCAAGUUUAUGGAGGACACAAAGACAUGAUCAUGUGUAUGACCAUCCAUAAAAGUAUGAUCUAUACUGGCUGUUAUGAUGGCAGUAUUCAGGCCGUGAGGCUAAAUCUGAUGCAGAAUUACCGCUGUUGGUGGCAUGGUUGCUCUCUAAUAUUUGGUGUCAUAGAUCAUUUGAAACAACACUUGCUGACUGACCACACUAAUCCAAACUUUCAGACUCUGAAAUGUCGCUGGAAGAACUGUGAUGCUUUUUUCACUGCUAGGAAAGGAUCCAAACAGGAUGCUUCAGGACACAUUGAACGGCAUGCUGAAGAUGAUAGCAAAAUUGAUUCAUGAAGUUUUUUGCCUCCCAUGUUGGGAUGUCAUUAAUUUGACUCUUUUCACAUCAGCCCCUCACACAAGCCUUUCUCCUCCCUUCUCCAGUGAAGCAGGGAAGGAGAAAGUGGUGAUCAUGCCAGACUUUCCAAAAACAUAAGUCUGGGCAGCUCUAUGGAAUGAUAAGUUCCACUUUAAGUUCUUGCUGGAGGUUUGUCAGAUUUAAACAGAUUUUAAAGAGUUUUACUCCUCUGGGGCAGUAUGGCAUAGUGACUUAUGCUACUAGUGUCCUCCAGAUGUUUAUUAAAGAUAACGAUCUUAAUUGGUUAUCCUAAUCACACAUAGACUUCAUUGAUUUUCAACUUGUGAGUUCUAGUUUAUAUUUUUAUAAUGGUUUAAACCUGUAGUCAGGCUUUUAAGUACAAAUUUGCUCAAAUGUUAGGUUUUCAGAAUCAGUUUUAAUUUCACCAGUUGUAACAACUGGAUAUUAAAAUUGGAAGCCAGUAGUUUCCUCUCUUAACAAUUAUGUGCAGUGUGUUUCAAUAAUCUCUUGUAUUGUAGAUGGACAGAGCUAGGUUCAAAUGCUAGGACAUGUAGUAGUAGAUUUUAACAGCUAGAACAGCUGCUCGGCUGAUUAUAUUUCAGGAUUCAAAAAGUAAAUUACAUAGUGAGAGGUCUUUAUAGACAGCACUUCCUAGGGAACUUCUGCAAAUAUUAAUAGAGUGCUCAGUGCAAAGCAGUGCACAGACCUCAUGUCUGGCAUUACGUUUUGCUAUUGAUCUGGGCACUCACUGCUGCAGGUACUGUCAGGCUGGUUGCACUGGAGCUGUAGCCUUCAUCUCCCUUUCCAGUUUCUGACUCUCCAAGCCUGCUGUGGGUUUGAAACCUGAUUUGCUCCAUUGCCAAGCCCUGUCUCCCCCACUGUCUGCCUGUCCUGGAGUGAUGGCAGCCAUCAAGUAUUUCCUCUGGACUCACAGAGUAUUUUACGCCCACCUACAGCACUCAAGAGUUAGGGAGUUAGGAUGGAGCCUGGAUACAGUUUUUAGAGCCUUAUACAGGCUUCUUAGAGACUUACCUCUGGAAACCAUUGUCUCUGCCUUCACUGUCCAGCUAGCUAGGAGAGAAGAAUAGAGUAUAAUGAAAGUCAAGAAUCUGUCUGACCGUGUUGAGCAACCAGAUGAAUGAUGCCUCAGUGGAACUGCUUUCUUUUUAAAUUUUCUCUGGACUUGUAUCAGUAAAGCUGUAGAAGUGUUGCUUUCUAGCCUUUUGUUUUUGGAUCCUCUAAACUCAGAA